AUGCCGUCCGGUUUACCGCAAGGUCCUGGAAGGCCGAACCGAAGACCCGUUGGGGAGAAGCAGGAGGAGGAUGUACCAGAUGAGGACCUGUUCGACGAGACCGUGCGAGUGCCUUCAGGUCCCCAGCAGCUGCGGCCCCGGGUGUUCAACCCCCAGGGUCCUCAGAGUGUCAUGAGGUUGAGACCUUUGAUGGGCGAUCUAGAUGUUGAAAGCUCAGAGGAGCCUGCCAUCGAUGCAGGGGAAGCAGGCGAAGAGCCCGAUCGCACCAUUGAGGCAGACGCCCCCGUCCGCGUCUCGAAGCUGAGUUCGGGUGCAGGCUUCAGCGUCCUGCUCACACCGGCGGAGGAUGAGGGGAAGGAGGAGGCGCCGACUCGCUUUACUUGGUUUUCCAACACCUUCGAAGAGAUGGAUGCAGGCACUGGGCGGAUAUCGAAGAUAUCCAACAUCUCCCAGGGCGAGGCAUCGUCCCUUGUGAUGCUGGUACCGAAAGUGAGCCACAAUCGAGAAGAGUCCCCAUAUCCGACAAAAAGCAAAGGACAACGGCUGUUUGAGAACACUAGAUUUCAGGAUGCGGGCGCCGGGCGGAUAUCGAAGAUGUCCAACAUCUCCCAGGGCGAGGCAUCGUCCCGUGUGAUACCGGUGGCUUCGAAGAAGUAA